UUUUAUGAAAUAUACAAUAAUUUAAGUGAAAAUUAAUGUUAUCAAUAUCAGGUAAUGCAAAAUUUCUUACAUAAAUUUGAAUAACAAAAUAAAAACCUGAAAGUGGCAGAUGUAUUGCUUUCCUUACGAGACAAGUCUCACCAUACGGGUGAACAACAGGUCUCGUUCUUGUCUGCGACCAGUCCGUCCGCUCCCCGAGUCCCCGUCCCAUAGUCUCGUAGUCGUCAGUCAGUCGUCAGUCUCGCGCGUCGCGACGCAGGACAGGACUUUCAGUUUUCGUUAAAAAUGUCUGAAGAGAAAGGAAAGGAGAGAGAGGAGGCAUGUGGUGCAGUGCCGAAAAAAGCGAGACGGAAACAGAAAUAUAGGCCCGAGUGGGAAAAACAGUUUCCGUGGGUGGGGCCUGCAAAGAAGGAUGCUUGUAAGGCCAUGUGCCUUAUUUGCAGUGUUGAAAUAACCGCCCAGCUCACAACUCUCAAGUUGCACGAAAACACUGCAAAGCACAAGAAAAUGUGUGCGCCAUCCUCAUCCAAAAUACUUAUGGAGUCAUUUACAAGUGCACGUGGUGAUAAUGAAACUAGUAAAAGUGAUUCUGUUAAGGCUGCUGAAAUAAGGCUUACUGCAUUUAUGGUGGAACACAAUAUAAGUUUCCGUGUGGCCGAUCAUCUGUGUGAAGUCCUGAAAGGUUGCUUCUCUGACUCCGCUAUUGCAAAGGAAUUGAAAAUGAAAAGAACAAAAUGUCAAAGAGUGUGUGGUAAUGUUAUGGCACACUCUCACAAACAAGAGCUCAUUAACAUCUUGAAGCAGAACAAGUUGAGCAUUCUUGUGGAUGAAUCCACAGAUAUAUCGGUCUGUCAGAAUUUAUGCAUCAUGGUAAGAGUGGUUGAAGGAAAUGCUGUUGUCACCAAAUUUUUGGAUUUAGUGCCAUUAUUUAGUAGUGAUCCUAGUAAAGCUAAUGAAGGUGCUACAGCUGCCAGGUUGUUUUCAGAGAUAAUGAAAACAUUUACUGAAAAUGGUAUACCUACUUGUAAUAUCAUUGGCUUUGGUUCUGAUGGAUGCAGCACUAUGAUGGGGCCUAAUAACUCUGUGAGUAGCAGGUUAAAGGAACUUUGCCCAGGAAUCUUUAUUAUGAAAUGUGUGUGCCAUUCUGCCCAUAUAUGUGCCUCUGAAGCAUGCAAACAAUUACCUGAUGCUAUUGAACAACUAGCUCAUGAUGUCCACAACACAUUCAAGAACUCUUCAAAACGAUUGGCACAAUUUGUACAAUUUCAAGAGUUUGCUGGGGCUCAAAAGCUUAGGAUUUUAUUGCCAUCUAGAACGCGCUGGCUUUCCUACACGGCUGUUGUGAAAAGGAUGCUUGAGCAGUGGGGCCCUCUUCAGAUGUUGUUUACUGAAUUAAAUUUUCAACAGACGAAAACUUGUGGUAGCACAGUUAGAAGUGCUUAUGAACAACUGCACAAUCCAUUUACCAGGCUUUACUACUGCCUCCUUUCUUCAGUAUUACCAAAGUAUUACCAAAAAGCUGAACCUUUUAUUUCAAAGUGAAAGAGUGGUCAUAACUGAAUUGCAAAGGCAAGUUUGUAAUUUAUAUAAAGAAUUGCUACUGAUAUACAUGAACCAUGGAUACAUUGUGAAAACCAUGCUUUCAAAAGUUGAUCCAAGAUAUCAACGUUAGUUCCUGAUGCUAGAGCAGGUGUAUUUGGGUGCAUCUGUCUUAAAAACAAUAACAGACAAUCCAGAAUUAAGCAAGCAAAAAAAGGAAAUGUAUGAGUUUCGCUUCCACUGCAGAUUAUUUUUGAUAGUAGCAGCAGAACAGAUCAGGAAGAGAUUUAAUUUCGGAGAUGAAGUCCUUUCAAGAAUGCAUAUGCUGGAGCCAGCCAGUGUUCUAGGCAUCCAGGGCAAAGUGCAAGAGCAAAGUUUGGUGCCCCUCGCGACACACCUUCCCCGAAUCAUUGCCCAGGAUGAUUCUACCCUCCAGCAACUGGACGAUGAGUGGAAGAGGCUUGCCGUAGAAGAUCUGCCUGAAUCCAUUACCAACAUGGCGAAAAAAGUGGACAAAAGCAAUUACAACCAGCCUGAUAAAUUUUGGUGUGCCAUAAAAACUCUGGAGGAUAGUGAUGGAAACCCCAAGUUUAAGCUUGUUUCAGACUUUUCACUAGGAUGUCUUUCUUUGCCUCAUGCUAAUGCUGACUGUGAGCGCUGCUUCUCUAGUGUAAACCGUGUGAAAACAAAAGACAGAAAUAAGCUAAUGACAGAAACCGUAAGAGACAUCUUCCUAGCGAAGCAGUGUGUUGCUUCCACAUCCAGCAGUGACUGUACGACCUUCAAGCCAUCAAUCAAAGUCAAUGAUAAAAAACAUGACAUCAAGCGUGCUAUAUUCCUCCAAUGAAGAGAGUGCCGGGGCUGCUGACGACGUGCCGGAUGUAUAUAUAGAAGAACAAGACCAGUAAUCUCCUACAUAGCACUUGCUGUGAGAGAGAGGGGAGACCUGUGCACCGCUGUGCUGCACUGUGCUUGGAUGUCCCUGG